AUGGGUCUUCGCAGGGAACUCAUCCCGACAGGUUCAGCAACGGUGGAAGAUGGGCCCUAUGCCAAAGAGCCGAAUGCCUCGUACGUGGCGGGGCAAACGCUUCGACUACGACGCAAAUGGCCAAACUACGUUACUAAGACGGCGUUUGAGGAUAUGCUGGGUCGGUUGCGGCUGCACAAGGAGUGGUGGUUUGGUCACGGACGGACUGGUGCGAUGGGUAGGGUUGGUUCUCUGAUCAAGGAGCAGGAUGUUAGAAUCUCUGGAGAUGAGGAAGGGGUGGUUGUUAUUGCUGAGGAUGCGCUGAGAAUCAAAUUUGAGGAACUUUUUUUGCGGCCUGCGAGUGGUGAUACAGAAGGAGAUUUGGUGUUUCAGCGCGAGGGGUUGGAAGACCUGGCUGUAGCAGUUUGGAGUUAUUUGCCUUUUGAAUGA